ACGGCGUUCGUGUUCCCCGUUGCCUUUUCCAAAAAUUUUGUUCCCAUGGUUUCCCAAACAAAACCGCAGAGUUACCCCAAUCUCCCGGACAUCUGAGAACCCACCCCACGCGCCGGUGACCUUCUGGUGGAGCCACGGGCUUCAAGUCAAACUAAUCUUCUUCUCGGACGAACACAAGAACGAAGUCCCAACCGAGCGAUUCGGAACCGUACCGGUGUCGCAUAUAUCUGUUCAGUGCUUAUGCUAAUUUUGAGCGCUAGUUCUGCAGAUCAGACUUCUUCGUGAAGUUCAUUUUUACUACUAGUCAUGGGUGCUCCUAAGCAAAAGUGGACUUCAGAAGAAGAAACAGCCCUUAAAGCUGGAGUUGUAAAGCAUGGCGCCGGAAAAUGGCGUACCAUACUUAAAGAUCCAGAAUUUAGUGGUGUUUUGUAUCUGCGAUCAAAUGUUGAUCUUAAGGAUAAGUGGAGAAAUAUGAGUGUUAUGGCAAAUGGAUGGGGCUCCAGGGAGAAGGCAAGGAUAGCACUUAGAAGGAUGCAGCAUGUCCCUAAACAAGAUGAAAACCAAACAGCUCCCAGUUCAGCUGUUCAGAGUGAUGAAGAAUCUGUGGAUGCCAAGCCUCUUACAAUUUCUAGUGAUGUGCAGCAGUUUUCUGGUUCAAAAAGGUCUAUUGUAAGGUUGGACAAUCUUAUAAUGGAGGCUAUAACUAGCUUGAAGGAGCCUGGUGGUUCUAAUAAGACAUCUAUUACUACAUAUAUAGAGGAACAAUAUUGGGCUCCUCCAGACUUUAAAAGGCUAUUGUCAGCAAAGUUAAAGUUUUUGACAGCAAGUGGGAAACUGAUUAAGGUCAAACGCAAGUAUAGGAUUGCAUCUGCUUCAGCAGUUUUUGAUAGAAGAAGGAACUCCAACAUGUUACUGUUGGAUGGACGGCAGGGAGUUUCUCCAAAGUUUGAAAAGGACGAAUCCACCAUGCUUUUGAAAUCCCAGAUUGAUUUAGAGUUAGCCAAGAUGAGGACCAUGACGGCACAAGAGGCUGCUGCAGCUGCUGCCCUAGCAGUUGCAGAGGCAGAGGCUGCCAUUGCAGAAGCUGAAGAAGCAGCAAAGGAGGCAGAGGCUGCAGAAGCUGAUGCAGAAGCAGCACAAGCUUUUGCAGAAGCAGCAAUGAAGACCCUGAAAGGGAGAAACGCCCCAAAGAUGAUGGUCCGAGCUUGAUUGCAAAUUCAAUAGAAGAUCACAAAGAGCACAUAGACCAGAAUCUUUUGGAUUGACAUGUCUUUGCUGACACAGUCUGUAAUUUUAAGUUAGGGCCAGGCCAUUGUUGUAGGUUUAAUUUCACUGGUGGAUGCUGAUGAAUUGGAAUUAGUUUAUGAAAUAGUUGAUAUCAUUACAGAAACUCUCUAGUUCAUCAUGGUGUUAUAUUUAUUGAUGCACAAAAAUAUAGAAAAUAAGAACUUUAUCGAGAUAGGGAAGUCUGUCAUGUAACUUGGGGGUUGAUUGCAUAUAAGGAAAGUGCAUAGAUUGGAGUAUGGUUAUGACUGUUCUAUGAUACAUCCCUGUCAACCCAAGUAUAUCUUAGUUUUUUCCAUCCACAAAAAAAAAAAAACGUAUGCUCGAGCUUUCAAGUUAGAUGGAAAUGUGAAGCUGGGUUAUAGAUACUCUGGGGGUAAUGUCUGGUAUGACGAUAGAUCUUGAACGGUAAUUACCAAAAAGUUUGAUCUUGAAUUGUUGGGAGUAUAGAUCUGUUAAUUGGAAUCUGAUUUGAUUGGAUUGAACUACCAAUCAGAAAUAUGAUUAGGUUGGACCAAUCAGAUAUAAAAUAGUUAAAAAGAGUCUAAUUCAGUUUUUGUAGCAUUUUGACUUGAGUGCCAAAAUUAUUAUCUAUUCAACUAGAUUUUUAGUUUUAAUUUUGUAAGAGGAUAUGACUUGUUUGAUACCCAAUAUAUUUUUAUAUUAUGUUUU